AUGAUGGAGCGCAUGGUAGCUACCCGACUAUCCUGGUGGGUGGAAGAGAAGCGUUUGCUGAGGGAGGAGCAGUGCGGCUUCCGUCCCCACCGAAGCACCCUUGACAUCCUGGCACAGAUAGAACACCACAUCUGUGACACCUACCGCCAGCGCCAGGUCAUGUCAGCCCUCUUUGUAGAUCUAGAGGGGGUCUUUGACACUGCACCACACGAAGGAAUCAAUUACAAGCUGGCUGGUAUGGGGGUCACCGGCACCACCCUCACCUGGGUCAAAGACUACCUCUCCAGCCGCUCAUUUCAGCAGGGCAGCGACACAGGCAGUCUCAACAACAUCUUCAGGAGGCUGCAGCAGCACUUGAGGGCUGGAUGA